AAAAUAGUUUGCUAACAGUGGACAUUGAAGGAGAAAGCGAAGAAGAAAAAGCUAACCAACAAUGGCGACUGAGUUUCGGAUGGAACUGCUCCCUUCGGACCCGCUGUUGCACAUAUUGUCCUUCCUUGACUUUAGAGAUUUGAUCCAAGUGAGUUCCACUAAUAGGAGGCUGAAUGAGUUAUCCAAACACAAUCCCCUGUGGAGGUCGCUGUGCUUCAAACACUGGCUGAUCACAGAUGAUGAGCGGCUGCAGAGCGGACGGUCCUGGUACAAUGUCUUCAGCGAGUACUACGCUGACCUGGGACGCUACAUCCACUACUACCCGCUGUUGAAGAGAGCAUGGGAACAGCUGACCAGUUUCCUGCGGCAGAGAUGUCCACGCAUGAUUGUGUCGCUUAAAGAAGGUGCCACGGAGGCAGAGCUGGGCAACAUUGAGGCUCAGAUCGGCUGUCACCUUCCGGACGACUAUCGGUGCUCGUACCGCAUCCACAAUGGCCAGAUGCUGGUGAUACCGGGGCUGAUGGGGAGCAUGUCGCUGUCCAACCACUAUCGCUCAGAGGUUCUGCUAGAUGUGGAGACAGCGGCGGGGGGCUUCCAGCACAGGAAGGGGAUGAGAUGCUGCCUCCCGCUCACCUUCUGCUUCCACACAGGCCUCAGCCAGUAUAUGGCCCUGGAGCACACAGAAGGGCGCCGCAUGUUCGAGAGCUUCUACCCCUGCCCCGAUCAGACAGCCCAGGAUCCUGCAGCCGUCGACAUGUUCAUCACAGGUGGCUUUUGUGUUAUGCAUACGGUUGUGUUGACAUGCUAUUUUGGAAAAUGGAAACAAAUGUGUAUGUCUUCAGGUUCGUCCUUUUUGGAGUGGUUCACCACCUACGUCAACAACGUGGUUACGGGAGAGUACCCCAUCAUCCGAGACCAGAUCUUCAGGUACGUGCACGACAAAAGCUGCGUGACGACGACGGGGGAUAUCACCGUAUCCGUUUCAACCUCCUUCCUGCCCGAGCUUUCCUCCGUUCACCCGCCGCACUUUUUCUUUACUUACCGCAUCAGGAUCGAGAUGGCGAGCAGCGCGCACCCCGAGGGGGCCUGCCAGCUCGACAGCCGCUACUGGAAAAUCACCACCUCUGACGGCAAUGUGGAGGAGGUGCAAGGACCCGGCGUGGUCGGAGAGUUCCCGGUCAUGACGCCAGGAAAAGUCCACGAGUAUGCCAGCUGCACAACCUUCUCCACGCCAUCAGAGUACAUGGAGGGACACUACACCUUCCACAGACUCGACAACAAGGAAGUGUUCAAUGUGGCGAUCCCCCGCUUCCAGAUGGUGUGCCCGCCAUUCAGAGAGCCCACGUUGCGGACAGUGAGUUGCCCGGAGUCGAGCGAUUACACGUCAAACUUUGACGGGAGCGACUGCGGCAACGGAGAUGAAGAUGACUUCAACGGUCUGCGGGGACUCAACAUGGCCGGCCUGGAAGGAGCGUGGUGCCCGCGACACAUCUGAUGUUGGCGUUGUUAUGUGGGGCCGUUAGGGACAUUAUUGAGGAUUAGCUCUCACACUUACUAUUCAAAUGCUUUCACACACACUCAAACUACUGAAAGGCUCUCAUAAACACAACUGAAACCCUCUCAUACGCACGAGUCUUGCUCUCAUGAGGACUACUCAAACACUCUCAUAAACACUGCUCAAACACUCAUACGCACAACUCUAGCUCUCAUAAAGAUUACUCAAACACUCAUAUGCACGUGUCUUGAUCUCAUAAAGACUAUUCAAACACUCAUACACACGGGUCUUGCUCUCAUAAAGACUACUCCACCACUCAUAAACACUACUCAAAUAUUCUCAUACGCACGAGUCUUGCUCUCAUAAAGACUACUCAAACACACAAAUAAACUCCUCAUGUUAAUCACAUUCUCGCACGCGUCACUGGCAUUCAUGGGUUCAUGUCAAUCAUGGUCACGCACACGUCGAUUAUGCUCACGUGAAGAGUGUAAAUCUUUUAUGAGGUACUUCAAUUCAAAAAGUGAAAUUAUAGUUAUACUGCACACACUCCAGAGUGAAGUAUUUCAUAUUUAAAAUAUGGAUAAUUUUGAUGAUUAUAGCACAUAGCAAAUAAAAAAUUCCCCAUAUUGAGAAACUAAAAUAUAACAUCAAACGAAAUAGUGAAUUAAUUCAAGAAAUAAAGUGAUUUUUAACGUAGAAAUUAGGCUGGAAUUUGCCCUUUGAAAAGUACUUGUGUUUAAUCACUCUAUGAGUACUGAAGAAAAACUUUAAUUGUUCAACUAUAUUCUAAUUUAUUGAGAUGUAAUUUAUUGACGCUCACAUCAACAUGUCAAAUGUCUGCACACAUACAGGUCAAAUAAGAUCACACAAACGUCAUAUCUAUUCAUAUACCAUCCUCAAAUCCAUUCAUAAAAUACACUCAAAUCCUUUCCCGUAUCCAUCUCAAAUGCUCACAUACAUGUGAAAAAAAUAUUUUUUUUAAGAUAGAUAGAUUUUGACAAAUAGAUUUAGACAUAAAUAUAGAUUUACACAGAUAGAUGGAUGGAUACUGAUCUGUAUUUGUCUAAAUCUAUAUGUGUUUAUCUAUAUUUAUUAAUCUCGAUCUUUUUGUCAAAAUCUAUCAAUCUAUCUCUAUCUCUUUGUCGUCUGUGUUUAUCGAUAUAAGUCUAGAACUGUUUGUCAAAAUCUAUCGCUCUAUCUUAAAAUAAAUCUCCGAAGAUUUUAUUACAUUUUUUUCACAAUCAUGUAUGCGAGCAUUUGAGAUGGAUAUGUGAAUAGAUUUUACGUUUAUGCGAGCUUAUUUGACCUGUAUGUGUGCAGACACUUGACAUGUUUAUGUGAGCGUGUAUUUAUGAGUUGAAAAGGAAGUUGUUUCAAAAUAAAAUAUGGCAUUGGCCAACAGCCAUAAAGUACAAUAGUAAGCCUAACUUAAGCAGUACCGUUACACAGCAUUAUACUGUAUAGUACAUACAGUACAUAUAUUUAUAAUGUAUAUAUGUCAUAUAUUUGUUGAUUAUUGUGUUACAAUAACGCUUUUCCUCAUUGAUUUAAAAUGUGUGCUUUCAAUGUGUAAGUGCUGUAGGAUAUGACAUAAUGGUCGGCCAAUCAGAAGCCGUGUCGUGUAUGACGUAGGGCUAGGCUGGCUCGUCUAUCAAGAGUGACACGCCAUUAACCGGACGCGGAUGCUGCCGAAUAAAUGUGCCUUUUGGGCUAAAGCACAAGUGGACGUGUUUACUCCUGGACUAAAGACAGAGUUUCAACACCGCUGCGUUACAAUCUGAAAUGUAUACGGUUCGUUGCAAGCAGGAUGGCCGGGUAGUCGCAUUUAAGCUCCCCUGCGCCGGUGUACCUAAUGAGAUGGCCAAAGGGAAUGAAGGAAUUUAAUUGUCAUAGUGAAACUCGUGUCAUAGAUAUGCACUACAGACUACACACACUCAGUCAAAUAUUUCAUGACUUUUUUUAAUAUAGGUACAUCUCAAUAAAUUUGAAUAUAGUUGGACAGUUGAAAAGUACUCAUAGAGUGAUUAAACUGAAACACUUUUCAGAGGGCAAAUUCCAGCCUAAUUUCUAUAUUAAAAAUCACUUUAUUUCUUGAAUUAAUUCACUAUUUCGUUUGACGUUAUAUUUUAGUUUCUCAAUAUGGGGAAUUUUUAUUGCUAUGUGCUAUCAUCAAAAGAAUUAUAAAUAUUUUAAAUAUGAAAUACUUCACUCUGAGUGUGUGCAGUGUGCAAUGCAUCUCUAUAAGUUCACUUUUUGAAUUGAACUACCUAAUAAAAGAUUUACACUAUUCAUGUGUGAGCAUAAUCGACGUGUGUGUGGGAAUGAUUGACAUGAACCCGUGAAUGCCAGUGACGUGCAAGAAUGUGAUUGACGUGAACGCAUUUGAGGAGUGUUUGAGUUGUCUUUAUGAGCGCAAGACCCGUGCAUAUGAGAGUGUUUGAGUUGUCUUUAUGAGAGGGUUUGAGUAGAUUAUGAGAGCAAGACUUGUGUGUAUGAGAGUGUUUGCGUUGUGUUUAUGAGAGCCUUUCAGUAGUUUGUGUGUGUGUGUGGAAGCAUUUGAAUAGUAAGUGUGACAGCUAAUCCUGAAUAAUGUCCCUAACGGCCCCUCAUACGUUGUCGUGGUUUAUUCAGUUUUCGCUGGUGGUGGAUUCUUGGGAAAGCCAUAGGGGCGCUGUUGCCUUGCAGCUUAUCUUGUCUGCACAACUUCAAGGGCACUUGGAUAGCUUUUGAAAGAUAUUUUCAAGAGAAUGCAAUUAUGAAGCUUCACGCUCGGCCAAGAGGAAAUCCAUCACUUUUAUUUUGUCCCUUUGGAACUCUUUGGCUGCCAGCAGCCAUAACAGAAUCCUUCUAUGCUGGUAUAUGCCAGUCUUUUUUUGGGGGGGGGGGGGGGGGGUAUCCAUCAAUGCUUUAGUUUGACAGUCUUUUAUUGCAGAUUGGAGUAAACAGUGGUUUUAGUUUAAAGUCGCAGAACAAAUGUUGCACUCGAUCACUUCCUGCGGUGGUUAAAAAAGAUCAUCUCUCCACCUUUAGCCACUUUUCUUAACGAGAAGCUCGGUGAGGUCAUUGUAGAUUUUCUUUCAGUUUCUGUGGUAAAGUGAUGCAUUACUUUGAUGUGAUUGGUGGCUUUGGUAAUUGUUUCUUUGUGAUGACUCAAUAAAUGUUCAUCGCUGCUUCA